UGAGCGGAAAAUCGAGUUUAGACCGGUCCGAGUGCGUGUGCGUCGGAUACUGUUUUGUUUUAGCUUAAAGAGGCUAACAAUGGACCUACUUUGACAUCCACAACUCUGAGACACUGUUGUUCAAGUUCUUUUUAAAGACUAGACACUGGAGGAUGGUGGAUAUGGAAGUCCCCUGUUACCUCCCCAAACUUGUGGCUGACCUGAACGAACAACGCAAACGGGAUUUUUUCUGUGACUGCAGUAUCCUGGUGGAGGGUCGUGUGUUCAAAGCUCAUCGCAAUGUGCUGUUUGCAGGCAGUGGAUACUUCCGAGCUCUUCUGGUGCACUACAUACAGGACAGCGGUCAGCGCCACUGCACAGCCUCACUGGAUAUAGUCACGGCAGAUGCUUUUUCAAUUAUCCUGGACUUUAUGUACUCUGGUCGCUUAGACCUACACCGGAACAAUGUCAUCGAGGUGAUGUCUGCAGCCAGUUACCUGCAGAUGACAGACCUGGUGAACUUCUGUAAAGUGUAUAUCAACUCCUCUUUGGAAAUAUGCAACAAGGAGAGGGAAAGAAAUGCCACAGCGGAGCGGCAGUCAAAAGAUAAAGCAGAUUCUCAGACGGUGACGAACUCCACUGGCACAAUGACUAGUGCGUCCCAAAUGGAGGAGGACGACGCUGACCAUGGGGCAGCUCAGAGUGGAACAUCUGCUAAAACUCUCCCGGCUUUAUCGCACAACAGCCCUGCAGGGUCCAGCCGAGAAGUGGACAGUAACUUCCAUAUUCAAGAAGAUUUUCGAGAAGAAGGACACAAAGAAAAUACAGAUCAAACUAACCUCUCAUCCUCCUCUUCCUCUGCUAUGACCCCGGAGCUUGUAAACCCUAAGAUAGAAUAUGACCCCGAUGAACCAGUGCUUAUAGAGUCACCUGACCCUAAAAUUAUAUCCACAUACACUGCCCAGCCUCAUCACAGUCUUCAUAACAACAGACUCCUCCCGUCAUCGCCCCCUGGUGAGCGGUCUCCGUACAGUCCUACGUUCAGCGCUCGUCACUUGAUAGAGAUGCUGGCUCGAGGUGAAGGCCCUGUCCCCAUUGUAGAGAGGGAUAGUCCACGUUUUGCCCCGGGACUGGACGGGGGCGCGGGGAGCAGCAGAAUGGACGAUGGGUUGAGUUUUGUGGGAUCGACCAUGAUGGAGACUCACAGUGACUGGCUGGGAGAGGACACAGGUGAUAGCUUGGUAGUGCAGGUGAAACUCCACAAGUGCCCGUUCUGCCCCUACACGUCCAAACAAAAGGGGAUUUUGAAGAGGCAUAUCCGCAGUCAUACAGGGGAGCGUCCGUUUCCAUGUCCAUUGUGUGGUAAAAGGUUCACAAGACAAGAGCAUCUGCGAAAUCACGCGUUCACUGUUCACAAAGACUGCUGGCCCGUACCUUGCAAAAGCUGUAGGAGGACAUUCACUGGAUCGGCUGUGACUUCAGGUCUGAAGCGAUAUGGGCUCUGUGACAGCUGUAACUGCGUCACCACCACAAAUGAAGACUCUGGGCAUCCCGUCAGCCACGCAGAGGCGGGGGAGCGGCCAGACGGGGGCGCCGACUGGUCAAGUUUUAUGGAUGAUGUGGAGGAGGUGGAGGUGGGCCGAGUGGAGGACCUUGUGGACAGGCAGCUUGCAGGGGUCUGUUCAGACGUUGGCCCCGUGUAAUGU